GACCAUGGCGAAAGGCACGUUCCUCUUGAAAUGGCUCGUCGUCGCCGUCUUCGCAGGGAGCCUGUGGACGGCCUUCGUUGGCCCGAGCCCGCAGGUGCGGACACCGCCCCGAGAGGUUGCGCUUGCUGCGGAGGGUGAAGGCGGGACCUUUGGCGGAGGAAUGAGCAAGGACGAGCGCCAGCUGCUGAUGGAUUGGAUGGCUCCACCGGACCAACUUAUGGAGGAGACCGAGGACGGAAUGAUCCUGCGGGAGAAAUACCCAGGUGGGCGGUCAGCGACCUCCGUCUUCUGGGCCAUUGUGCAGCCCGCUGUGUCCCUGGGCUUCUUGGUGGUCGGUGUUUCCUCUUUCUUCGGAGAGCCGAUCGUGGAUUGGAGCCCGAUCACCUCUGAGUACCUCGGGUUCCUUCGACCUUCCGAGGGAAUCAAUUUCUUGCCACAGGGUGCUUUCAUGUCCUUCUACGGCAUCUUUGGCUUCUUCGUCUUCGGUCCCAUUCAGUGGUACAUCAACAUCUUCAACGUGGGCCAGGGCGUCUGCGAGUUCAACAAGAAGGAUGGUUACAUGUACAUGGUGAGAAACGGCGACAUGAUUCGUGAGGUCCCCCUCUCUGACUUCCAGGCCGUGAAGUUCGAGUGGACCAACAUGGCCAUUACCGGAAGCCGCGACUUGUACCUGGUCACACAGGAAGGCCAAGAGAUCCACUUCAUGGAUGACCCCGAGGUCUACAGCAAGUACGUCCUUGAGAAGCGCGCAUCGAAGUUGUCCGAGUUCCUGAACAUCGAGCUCCUGGUGGAUGACUAA